UCACAGCCAUUUUUGAUCAGGACUACCUGGCACGACCAGCGAGGUAGCAUUCGUAACCUAUUCCUCCCCGUACCGUACCAGGCGUCCGACGAGCUGCGUCACCAUGGUCCUCAGCAAGGUCGCAGCGGCCACCCUUGCCCUCCCGCUGGCCGCGCUCGGCCUGCACGCGCGCUCGGACCCGGUCGCCCAGCUCGCCCAGACCGACGGCGGGCUCACCGCCGUGCAGGGCGAGGCUUCCGAGUGGUGGCCCAAGCUGCGCCGUGCCAGGCACGCGUCGGGUCCGUAUGCCGAGGAGGACCGAGGCCGAGUCUCAGAGCCGCAUGGCCGUUCUGGUCUCUGGCGCCCUCGAGAGUCUGAUUCUCACGCCGCUGCUGUCCAACGUGGUCCGCGCCAACGUCCGCAACGGCCUGCAGGUGGACCUCUUCUUCAGCCUGGUUGCGCCCGUGAAAGGCAUGAAGCCUUCGGUGGCUUCCGAUCCAAAGAUCGCAAACCUCUUACGGAACUUCGAUGAGGUGAGUUAUCAUGGCAAGCUGAUGGACCUCGUCUGCGAUCUCGCCAAAAGGCAGGGUGCGACGCACUGCGUGUGGGACCUGGAGAGGAACGAUGCAGUGCGCGCGCCGAAGAACUCGACCUAUCGCAAGAUCAUGACGCAGGUCCCGCUCAUGAGCGACACGGGCCUGGAGACGAUCGCGAACUGGCGCUCGCACUCCGCCCUGCUGGGCCGCGUGCGCGACAUGGAGGGUGACGACGAGUACGAUGCCGUCAUGGUCACCCGGGCCAAUGGCUACUGGAUGGCCCCGCGAGUCGUGAGCAUCGAGGAUUUCCAGGCGGACCCCCUGCACCUCUCCACCAUGCCCUGCCUCGACGAGACCGGCAUCAAUGACAACGCCGCGAUCAUGGGCCGCGAGGCCGCCGACAUCAUGCUGGGCGCCUUCGAGGCAUGGCAGCAGGGAGACGUGCACUUGCACGGCACCCGCACCGCCGAGGAGGUCUGGUUCCGCAUGGCCUCGCACGGAGGGCUGAACAUCGUGCCCGAGCCAAUGUACGCGGCUCAGGCGCUGUACACCGCCAGCGGGCUCCCCUGCUUCCAGGAGUCCACCUUCAACGUGAACAGCGAGCAGCAGCGGCUGGAGCAGUGCUUCGCCGAGAGCGCGGGCGAGGCGCCGAUGGCGAGCCUCUUCAGCGCGUUCAGCUGCGAGACCAUGGACCCCAACUUCUUUGACCUGCUCUGGCCCCAGCAGGUGAGCAGGCUGCACCAGGUCAUCGCGGACAUCACAAACCGCAACGAGAGCAACGCCAUUGUCCUCGCGGUGAUCGACCACGACGAGGUCGAGCUGGCAGUGAAGAUGCUCACCAGCCUGCAGGAGGCCGGAGGAGACGCCAAGAGCGUCGUCGUUGGCACCUCUGCUGGCGUCUGCAAGGCCCUGGCCAACACCGCCGGCGUGGCCGGCCACAAGUGCUUCGUCGUGGUGCCCGCCCAGGACGUGCGUCUCAGCGUCUUCAAGCACGCCAUCCUUACGACGGUGGCAGUGGCGGGCCUGAGCGACAAGAUCGUGUACGCGUCGCCCCGCGCCACGUUCGCGAGCUCGCUGGCCUCCCAGCUUGCGGCGUCCGACAAGCGCAUCCUCUUCGGCAAGAGCACCGCGUCGGCAAAGGGCUGCAUCGCAGAGGCUGGGAGCGUGGGCGAGAUCGACGGAUGCCCAGGGUGCAAGACGGACGCCCCAGGCGUUCUGUACCUGUCGGACGCCCCAGAGGUUACCGACAUGCUCCUGCGCGCGUGGCAGGAGAUGGCGGAGUCCAAGAGCGUGUCCCAGGGAGAGGCGCUUGCAAGUGCGCUGGUCGCCUCUGGCUACUCCGACUUCGGAUUCCUCUCGUGCGGCAUGCGCCUGAGCGAGGAGCCAGAGAGCGACAGGGUCGUGGAAGCUGACUCGCCGCCGGGGGUGACGGAGCAGAUCGCCCGCGAGGUUCGCAAGGCCUCGGAGUCCACCUGGGUGGACCGCUUCCGCGCCGAGGCGUCCAAGGAGCGCAGGGCGAAGAAGGACGGCGCGGUGACCGAGAGGCAGCGUCAGCAGGCGUGGCAGACGAUGGCGGACGAGUGGAAGGAGACGUGGGCGAAGCGCGUGGCGGACCUGCAGGAGGCGAACAACUACAACGCGACCGAGGUGGCCGAGGAGCGGCGCAAGAGGAGGAUGGAGCAGAGGAAGGCGAAGAAGGCGACCCACAAGAAGCACGUCCGCUACCUGCCGCCAGACGAGGCCGCGAAGGUGAAGGCCCGCGAGGACAAGUGGGAGGCCGACGUGGCGAAGCAGAAGGCCGACGACGCGGAGAAGGCGGAAGCCCGCAAGGAGGCGUUCAGGCGCCAGGUCGAGGAGGCCCAGAAGAUCAUCGAAAACAGGAGGAAGGAGAAGCAGCAGCGCGCGGCGGAGGACCAGGCCGCCGACGACGAGCUGUCUGCGGCGUAGGCGCCGCGCCGCUGAGGACCCGUCGCUUGUGCCGGCGCUUCUGACAUCGCCCCACCGUUGGAGCGCGCGAUAACAACGGACAGCCCC